UAACCGGAAACGGAUGUCAAAUUUCUUUUCACUUUUAAAUCUUCCGGAAUCAAAAUGUCUAAAAGAGGACGUGGUGGAUCUGCUGGAGGUAAAUUCAGGAUCUCAUUGGGUUUACCCGUGGGCGCAGUAAUCAACUGCGCAGAUAAUACAGGUGGUAAGAAUCUAUAUGUUAUUGCUGUUCAUGGAAUUAGAGGCAGGUUGAAUCGUUUACCAUCUGCUGGUGCGGGAGAUAUGUUUGUUGCUACAGUCAAAAAGGGUAAACCAGAAUUAAGAAAAAAGGUAAUGCCCGCUGUUGUUAUUCGGCAAAGGAAACCAUUUAGAAGGCGUGAUGGUGUUUUUAUAUACUUUGAAGAUAAUGCCGGUGUAAUAGUGAACAACAAAGGCGAAAUGAAAGGUUCUGCCAUAACUGGUCCAGUAGCUAAAGAAUGUGCGGAUUUAUGGCCUCGUAUUGCAUCAAAUGCAAGUUCUAUAGCUUAAAUAAAAGUAUAAAGAUAUUUAAAACCGUAAAA